AUGGUAGAUUUACAAGCCACCAGUGGAGGAGAGACCUCUCACACUUCGGGGCUGACGCACAGAUCUGGCAAUGUUGCUAGAUCAAAUUCAAAUUCAAAUCCAAAUCCAAAUUCGAAAUCUGACGGUAAACUCGGGGCUGUAGCCACUCAGGAUGAAGGUUCUAAUAGCGACAUACACCUUCCGCUCACAACUAUACAUCUGAAGAGCCACGAGUGGUUUGGAGACUUCAUUACGAAGCACGAGGUGCCUAGAAAGACGCUUCAUUCUUCGAUCGGGUUUAUAACGCUGUAUCUGUACACGACAGGAUUGGAUUACCGGAAGGUAAGAAAUCCGCUUGUGGUGGCAUUUUUGAGCAUUUUCACGUUGGAUCUGAUUCGGUUAAGAUGGACAGCUUUCAAUAAACUGUAUUGCAAAUUUGUGGGUGCGCUGAUGCGGAAACGAGAGAUCCAUACCUACAACGGUGUUCUUUGGUACCUUUUGGGUCUGAUUUUUGCAUUCAGUUUUUUCCCCAAAGACGUGGCUCUUAUCUCGCUUUUCUUGCUGAGUUGGUCAGACACGGCAGCGUCCACAUUUGGACGCAAAUUUGGCCAUCUGACGCCCAAGCUCGCUCGUAACAAAUCACUGGCAGGGUCCAUUGCUGCGUUUGUCGUGGGGGUUUCUGUCUGCUAUGGGUUUUACGGCAUUGUGGUCCCUCAUUACGCGUACGUGGACUCGCCUGGAGAAAUAAGCUGGUCCGCCGAGACAAGCAAACUAACGCUCGGACAAUUUUCCGUUUUGAGCGGGGUUUUGGCGGCUUUCAGUGAGGGCAUUGAUCCUUUCAACUGGGACGACAAUUUUACUAUUCCUGCAUUAUCUGCUGUAUUCAUGCACACGGCUAUUCGUCUAACCAAAAAGACCACUUAA